AUGUCAGACUCGAACCCCAACCCCAACCCCAAUGCCAACCCCAGCCCAGACCCAGAGAAACACUCCAUCCAGCAGGACAGUAUCUCCCCAAUCGCUUAUAGCUCUUCCAAAGAAGGCAACAUAGAAGAUGCCGGCGAAGUUCCCAUCGCCCUAAAGCUCAAGAACCCUCUAGCGGGAAUGACUAGGGAGGAACUUCUCCUCGAUGUGGAAGCAUUCGCCAGGGAGAAGGAGCUCGAAGACGUCUUGCCACUACUCAAGAAAGGUGCCCUAGUGGCACAAGCCCCGAAGACAUUCGAGAGUAUCGAAGAUCUGAGUGAGGAUGAAAAGGGGUGGCUAAGGAAGGAGCUGACCCAUCGAUGGACUCAGCCCAACAUGAUGUACUACAUGACCAUUCUGUGCGCUGGGUCUGCUAUUGUGCAAGGCAUGGACCAGACUUCAGUCAACGGCGCUCAGACUUUCUACUUUGAAGAAUUCAAUAUCGGUCCGGAGCGAACCUGGUUGCGAGGGCUCCUCAACGGGGCCCCAUACCUGUGUUCAGCUGCCAUCGGAUGCUGGACCACCAAGCCUCUGAACUACUAUUUCGGUCGACGGGGUUGCAUCUUCAUCUCCUGCGUCGUGUCCUUCGUGACGGGUAUCUGGAUGGCGGCGGCGAACUCAUGGCCCAACCUUUUAGUCUCACGUUUUGCCCUCGGACUGGCUGUUGGCGCAAAAUCAAGCACCACACCAGUCUAUGCCGCAGAAUGUGCCCCGACGGCCAUACGUGGUGCUCUCACGAUGAUGUGGCAGAUGUGGACUGCGUUUGGCAUCAUGCUCGGUUUCAUCGUCUCCGUCGCCUUCCAGAACGUCGGAUACACCCCCGGUGACACGCCGUACUGGAACUGGCGACUGAUGUUAGGGAGUACAUCCAUCCCGCCUUUUUUCGUCUGCUUGAUGGUGUAUUUGGUCCCCGAGAGUCCUCGCUGGUACAUGACCAAGAACAAGUACCGAAAGGCAUACGAAGCGCUUUGCAAGUUUCGCAACUGCGAGCUCAUGGCUGCACGGGAUGUCUACUAUAUCCACAAGUCGUUGCUUGUUGAGGAAAAGCUACGCGAGGGCAAGAACCUCUGGAGUGAAUUCUUCAAAGUUCCCCGGAACAGGCGAGCGGCGCAAUCUUCGUUCUUUGUCAUGUUCAUGCAACAGUUCUGCGGCGUAAACGUUAUUGCUUACUACAGCACCGAAAUCUUCAUCUCUGCCAAUUUUUCGCGUCCCGAUGCUCUCCUCGUCUCCAUGGGCACCGGCAUCGUCAACUGGAUCUUCGCCCUCCCGGCGGUCUACACCAUCGACACAUUCGGGCGUCGCAACCUCCUCCUCACCACGUUCCCACUCAUGGGCCUCUGCCUGCUCUUCGUCGGCUUCAGCUUCUACAUCGACGCGGUGAAGACGCGUCUCGCCUGCGUCGCGACGGGCAUCUACCUCUUCAUGGUCGUGUACUCGCCCGGCGAGGGACCCGUGCCGUUCACGUACAGCGCCGAGGCUUUCCCGCUGUACGUCCGCGAGUACGGCAUGGCGUUUGCGACGGCGACGACCUGGGGCUUCAACUUCAUCCUCUCCCUCACGUGGCCGUCGCUGGUUGAUGCCUUCACGCCACAGGGUGCGUUUGGCUGGUAUGCUGCCUGGAACUUCUUCGGGUGGGCCUACGCCUACUUCUUCCUGCAAGAGACCAAAGGGAGAAGCUUGGAGGAGUUGGACGUGGUGUUCAACAUGAGUGUCAUGAAGCAUGCUCGGUACUACAGUGCGAUGCUGCCCUGGUACUUCAACAAGUGGAUUCUGAGGGGCGAUGUGCCGCCCCGGAAGCCAUUGCAUGACAUGGAUGAGUAG